AUUGUAGUCGUAGCCGACACCUAAACUUUCAUGGGCCACAAGGGCCACAACCAUCUAUCUAUUCAUCGAUGUCUUUGUCAAGAGCAAAACAAGAAUAGUGUUUUUGAAAUGCUAUCGAUGAAGCCAAAGCCGGUAUCUGAAUUAAUUUGUCUUCUAAUUCGAGCUAAUAUUCUCAACCUUAGUCACAUUCACUCGAGUCCAUUCAGUAUCUAGAUUCAGAAAAACCUUGAACAUCAUGAUGAUAAUCAUUCUCACGAGUUUUAUUUUCAUUUCUUUGUUAGUGAUCCUUGUUAGGGUCUUUAAGAAGCUGUGGUGGACUCCAUUCUAUGUACAAUUUCUAAUGAAAUCUCAAGGUAUACAAGGUCCUUGUUACAAGUUCCUACACGGAAACACCAAAGAGAUUGUGGAAAUGAGAAAAGACUCGAUAAGCAAAGCCAUGGAUUGCUCGUCACAUGACAUAUUUCCAAGAAUUCUACCUCAUAUAUUUUCUUGGAAGAAGCUAUAUGGGGCAAAUUUUCUCUACUGGAGAGGACUGCAACCUGAACUAGUAGUAACUGAACUGGAACUUCUCAAAGAAAUACUGAGCAAUAAAAACAACAAUUAUCCCAAGAUGGAUCUUGAAGGCUUUUCCAAGAAACUUUUAGGAGACGGGGUUUCGUCAUCUAAAGGCGAAAAAUGGGCAAAAAUGAGGAAACUAGCCAACCAUGUUUUUCAUGGAGAAAGCCUAAAAAGUAUGAUUCCUGUGAUGAUUAUGAGUUGUGAGACAAUGCUCGAUAGGUGGAAGAUUUCUGAAGAUAAAGAAAUCGAAGUUUUUGAAGAGUUUAGGUUAUUAACAUCAGAAAUUAUUUCAAGGACAGCAUUUGGAAGUAGUUACUUAGAAGGAAAGAAUAUUUUUCAGAUGUUGAUGAAGUUAACAUUGGUAGUUUCAAGAAAUGCUCACAAAAUUAGAUUUCCUGGCAUCAGUCAAAUUUGGAAAAGCAGAGAUGAAAUGGAGUCAGAGAAACUCGAGAAGGGCAUAUACAACAGCAUUACUCGGAUAAUAAAGAAAAGAGAACAGGAGAAGUUUGGGGAAGAGAGUAACUUUGGAAGUGACUUCCUUGGGAAACUCUUAGAGGCUUAUCAAGAUCACAGGAUAUCGGUAGAAGAAAUAGCUGACGAGUGCAAGACAUUUUAUCUUGCUGGUCACGAGACAACAACUUCUUUGCUUGGAUGGACCAUAUUCAUGCUAGCUACAAACAAGAAUUGGCAAGAAAAAGCAAGACAAGAAGUUCUUGAAUCAUUUGGCCAGAAAGUUCCUAGUGCAGAUGGCCUAUCGAGACUGAAAAUCAUGAACACGAUUCUUGAUGAAUCUCUAAGAUUGUACCCUCCAGUGCCAUUCAUCAAAAGGAAAGUUGUCAAGAAAGUUCAUCUAGGGAACCUAACUCUACCACCUCAAAUGGAGCUAUAUAUAUCACCAUUAGCGGUUCACCAUGAUCGUAAAAUAUGGGGAGAAGAUGUUCAUGUUUUCAAACCAGAAAGAUUUGCUGAAGGGGUUGUUAAAGCUACAAACAACAAUCCAGUAGCAUUUUUGCCAUUUGGCUAUGGACCUCGAACUUGUUUAGGCUUGAAUUUCGCCAUGAUUGAAGCGAAAAUUACUCUUUCGAUGAUUCUACAACGUUACAUCUUCACGAUUUCACCAACUUAUGUUCACUCUCCUGUUCAGCUUUUUAUGCUUCAUCCACAGCAUGGAGUUAAAGUCAUUCUCCACAAGAUUUAACGGUCUCUUGCUGUAUAAUUGUCCAAGAAACUAAAACUAUGUAUUUAUUUGGCAUCUCUUGAGUUAAACCCCUUUAUUGCUCCCUUUAUAUAGUUGCAUACUAACUAUUCUGCUAAGGUAACCAUAAUAGUAACUUUUAUUUUUCAUCGACUUAUGCUUCUGUGGUAGUCUCAAUUCCGAAUUAAUCAGAACAACUAUAUGAAUAUAUGUAUCCAUUUCAAACCUUCUUCA